CGGCAACUCACCCAACAACUCGGCUAACUCGGUCGUUCUCAUCCCCACUGACAGCCACACGACUCUCUUCGGUUCCAUUUUCGCUCUCUCAAGACGUGAGAUCUGCUCUUUCCGCCCCAACUCACCCCGAGUCAACCCACUCAACUCUCUCUCUUCAACUUCACUAUAAAUAUUCGUCGCCUUUUCUCUUUUUUUUUUUUAUCAUUUUUUGUCCUCCUCCUGUUUCAACGUCUUUGUCUCGUCGUCUCUUUUUGUCUGGAUAUAAUCGUUCUCGUAACUCGUUAUACUAAGGAUUAACUGCUAUUUGUGUCCGUCAUUCUUGGGAGGUCAAGAUCGGUUAAAAUCGCGAUUGAUUUCGAGAUUCAUGAACUCGUUUUUAAAACUCGGUCCGAGUUCUGAGCUGAUUAAGGAUCGGGUCGAGUUACUGUGACUCUGUGUAGAGUUUCCCGGUUCAUAUUAGGGAUUUUGGAAACUUUUUUGCAGCUUUAAAGUAUGGCGGCUGUACGGAGGUGGACUGAGGGGAUGUCCGCAGAUAAUUUUAAGGGUUUGGUUUUAGCGCUUUCCUCCAGCUUAUUUAUUGGGGCCAGUUUCAUUGUUAAGAAAAAAGGCUUGAAGAAAGCUGGUUCUUCCGGUAUCAGGGCAGGCGUUGGAGGUUAUUCUUACUUGUUGGAGCCACUUUGGUGGAUAGGCAUGAUAACAAUGGUUGUGGGGGAAAUUGCUAAUUUUGCAGCUUAUGCAUUUGCACCCGCUAUACUGGUUACUCCUCUUGGUGCCCUCAGCAUUAUUAUCAGUGCGGUUCUUGCGCAUAUAAUUUUACAGGAAAGAUUACAUACUUUUGGGAUUCUUGGUUGUGCUUUAUGUGUCGUGGGAUCUACAACUAUUGUUUUGCAUGCUCCGCCAGAACGUCAGAUUGAAUCCGUAACGGAAGUUUGGAAUCUUGCUACAGAGCCAGGGUUCCUCUUUUACACAGCACUGGUCUUAACAGUUGUCUUUAUACUUGUAUUCCACAUUGUACCGCAAUAUGGACAGACGCACAUUAUGGUUUACAUUGCAGUUUGCUCUCUUGUGGGUUCCAUUUCGGUCAUGAGUGUUAAAGCACUUGGUAUAGCCUUGAAAUUAACCUUUUCAGGAAUGAAUCAGCUUGUAUAUCCACAAACAUGGGCCUUUACUUUAGUUGUUAUCACUUGUGUGCUUACUCAAAUUAAUUAUUUAAACAAGGCACUUGACACUUUCAACACAGCUGUUGUUUCUCCCAUAUACUAUGUUAUGUUCACAUCACUGACUAUUUUAGCGAGUGUAAUCAUGUUUAAGGAUUGGGACAGGCAGACCCCGACGCAGAUUAUAACACAAAUGUGUGGAUUUGUAACUAUCCUUUCAGGAACUUUUCUUCUUCACAAAACCAAGGAUAUGGUUGAUGGUCCAAGUUUGACAUCUAUGUCAAUUCGAGCAUUAAAGCAUGACGAAGAAGAUGGCUUUGAUGAAGGCGUCCCUCUUAAGUGCCAGGGUUCAUUGAGAUCACUUUGAAACUUUAGGUCAUCGAUGCCAUUCUACAAAUCUCAGUAGAGCUUAUGGGGAGAAGCCUUGUUGAAUGUCGAGGUGUAUUUUACAACCGAUUCGAUCACACCCGCAUUUUGGGAAGGUGAGAUUAUCCGUACGGCUUCGAGACCAAACUAUAUGAACUUCAGAGUCUUUUGCCUUGUAAUAGUCCCAAUGUAAUCUCUUUUGCCUUGUAUAAACUAUAUCCAAUGUUCUCAACAUGUGAAGUGAGAAAAACAAGGACAAAGAAAAGAAUCAGAUACUAGCAAAUCUUUUGCAAUUUUGAUUUGGUAGAUCAACUGUUGUUCCCUUCUCA